GCCCUAUGACUAUAUUAGGUGACACGAAACUGCUCAUCGCUGCUGUCAUCGAGGCCCCUGGCCCAAUGGCAGGCUGAGUCCCCCUCCUCUGGCCUGGUCCCGCCUCUCCUGCCCCUUGUGCUCGGCGCUACCUGCUGCCCAGACACAUCCAGAGCUGGCCGGCGGGUGCGCGGGCGGGCGGCGGCACCAUGCAGGGAAGCUGCCAGGGGCAGUGGGCAGCGCCGCUCUGUGCCGCCCACCUGGCGCUGUGAGACUGGCGCUGCCACCAUGUUCCCCAGCCCUGCGCUCACGCCCACGCCCUUCUCAGUCAAAGACAUCCUGAACCUGGAGCAGCAGCAGCGAAGCCUGGCCGCCGCCGGAGAACUCUCUGCGCGCCUGGAGGCCACCCUGGCGCCCUCCUCCUGCAUGCUGGCCACCUUCAAGCCAGAGGCCUACGCCGGGCCCGAGGCGGCUGCGCCGGGCCUCCCAGAGCUGCGCGCAGAGUUGGGCCCCGCGCCUUCACCCGCCAAGUGUGCGUCUGCCUUUCCCGCCGCCCCCGCCUUCUAUCCGCGUGCCUACAGCGACCCCGACACAGCCAAGGACCCUCGAGCCGAAAAGAAAGCCUGAAAUUUUAAGUCACCGUCUGUCUCCCUCACCAGGGUGUGAACUGCCCCGAGGGCAGAGAUCUCUCGUUUUGUUCUCCAGAGCCUUGAGCCGAGCCUGACUUUCGACAAAUGCUGAGUGAGACGUGUCGGUGGCUCCCAGUGCACUUGGCAGAGUGAGCCGCAGCCAGCUAGGCUCUCCAGGCAGGACAGAGUGGCAUCCACGAGGAUCCCUUACCAUUAUUGUGCGGCCGCGCUCCGUAGGUCGAGCCGCUCUUACCAAGCGUCUCUCUGCCUCUCUGUUCCCCCUCAGAGCUGUGCGCGCUGCAGAAGGUGGUGGAGCUGGAGAAGCCAGAGGCGGACAACGCGGAGCGGCCCCGGGCGAGACGGCGUAGGAAGCCUCGCGUGCUCUUCUCGCAGGCGCAGGUCUACGAGCUGGAGCGGCGCUUCAAGCAGCAGCGGUACCUGUCCGCCCCCGAACGCGACCAGCUGGCCAGCGUGUUGAAACUCACGUCCACGCAGGUCAAGAUCUGGUUCCAGAACCGGCGCUACAAGUGCAAGCGGCAGCGGCAGGACCAGACUCUGGAGCUGGUGGGGCUGCCCCCGCCGCCGCCGCCGCCUGCCCGCAGGAUCGCCGUGCCAGUGCUGGUGCGCGAUGGCAAACCAUGCUUAGGGGACUCGGCACCCUACGCGCCUGCCUACGGCGUGGGCCUCAAUGCCUACGGCUAUAACGCCUACCCCGCCUAUCCGGGUUACGGCGGCGCGGCCUGCAGCCCUGGCUACAGCUGCACCGCCGCUUACCCCACCGGGCCUUCUCCAGCGCAGCCGGCCACUGCCGCCGCCAACAACAACUUCGUGAACUUCGGUGUCGGGGACUUGAAUGCGGUUCAGAGCCCCGGGAUUCCGCAGAGCAACUCGGGAGUGUCCACGCUGCAUGGUAUCCGAGCCUGGUAGGGAAGGGACCCGCGUGGCGCGCCCCUGACUGAUCCCACCUCAAGAGCUCCCUGACUUUCCGGGGGAGAAGGGGCUCCCAACCUGACCCUGAGUCCCCUGGAUUUUGCAUUCACUCCUGCGGAGAGCUAGGAACUUUUUCUGUCCCACGCGCGUUCGUUCUUGCGCACGGGAGAGUUUGUGGCGGCGAUUAUGCAGCCUGCAAUGAGUGAUGCUGCAGCCUGGUGUCUUAGCUGUCCCCCCAGGAGUGCCCUCCGAGAGUCCAUGGGCACCCCCGGCAGAACGACCAGUGAAUUGGGACUGAGCCCGGGCACACGGGGCCUGAGAUCGGACCGCCCAUUCCGCGAGCCAGGGCCGGGCGCCCGGGCCUUUGCUAUCUCGCCGCCACCCGCCCACGCACCCACCCACCCGUAUUUAUGUUUUUACCUAUUGCUGUAAGAAAUGAGGAUCCCCUUCCCAUUAAAGAGAGUGCGUUGACCCCG